UUAUAAACGAACAAUCUGAUCCUGGAUUGUGAUCAUAGCACACGAUGCUCCACAGGGACGAGGUUAACGGCAAACCUUCAAACAACGAAACGAUCCAUAAAGCUGCGUUGGUUGCUGUGAAAUAGGCGACGUCUCUUUCCAGUACAUUAGCUCACGUUCCCCUACUAAACUUAGAAACGGUAGCCCCUAAGCCUACUCACUUGGAAGCAAAUCCCAUUGAAACCAACAGGACCGACUUCUGGGUAAACGUGGCCAGCAAAGCCUCCGGGAAGUAGGUUAUUUGCCACCGUUUGCGGGGCAAGAGAAAGGCAAAGCCAGCGCGCAAAAAAGGACUUGCAGCAACCAGCCACGAGGCGCGAAAGAGAAAGAAGCCGAGCUGCCGUGCCCGGGCUCGGCUCAGGCUCUUCCUGCCUCGUCGGGGCGGAGAAGGAGGGUGGAGCCGGGACGGCAGCGCGUUGCUCCUGACGGCCUCAAGCAGCGACCAACAAGGAGGAGAUUGAGGAGUGGAUGCCCGCCGGGAGAGCAUUCCAAAGUCGGGAGGCAAUGACUGAGAAGGCCCUGUCUCGCGUGCACAACAGCUGAGCCUCCCUCAUUAUGUCGUCUGAUGUGCUUACAAGCAAAUGUGAACCAGCUAGGCCCCAGCUAUGGUUCAAACAUGCAGAAUUCUGGACAACUUGGAAAACUUAGAAGAUAAUGACUGUUCUGCUAAUUGAAGCUUUUUAUGGAGGCUCACACAAGCAACUAGUGGACCUUCUACAAGAGGAAAUGCAAGAGUCUGUCCUCUUUACUCUCCCUGCGAAAAAAUGGCACUGGAGAGCUAGGACUGCUGCUCUCUACUUCGCGCAAAAUGUGCCAGUCAAUCCUAAUUACAGGAUCCUCUUUGCAAGCUCGGUGCUUAACCUGACUGAACUUGUUGCCCUUCGGCCUGACUUUGGCAAAUUGAAAAAGGUCCUUUACUUCCAUGAGAACCAAUUGACAUAUCCUGUCAAGAAAUGUCAGGAAAGAGACUUCCAGUACGGAUACAACCAGAUUCUUUCAUGUUUGGUUGCUGACGUCGUGGUGUUCAACUCUGCUUAUAAUAUGGAGUCAUUUCUAACAUCCAUUGGGAAAUUUAUGAAACUGAUGCCUGACCAUCGACCAAAGGACCUGGAAAAGAUAAUCAGACCAAAAUGCCAAGUCCUUUACUUUCCAGUGAAGUUCUCAAAUAUAAGCAGCAUCUUAACUAGAUUGGAUGAUCAGCAGAAACCUUUGCACAUUGUUUGGCCUCACCGGUGGGAACAUGAUAAGGAUCCUGAGAGUUUCUUUAAAGUACUGCUGAAAAUGAAAGAGAUGGAACUAAGUUUUCAUGUGUCUGUCCUUGGAGAAACCUUCACUGAUGUUCCAGAUAUAUUUGCAGAGGCCAAAAAGGCACUGGGAUUGUCUGUCUUGCACUGGGGCUACUUACCUAGCAAAGAUGAGUAUUUCCAAGUUCUGUGCAUGGCCGAUGUUGUCAUCUCCACAGCUAAGCACGAAUUCUUUGGCGUGGCAAUGAUAGAAGCUGUAUACUGUGGCUGCUAUCCCCUCUGUCCCAAAGCUUUGGUCUAUCCAGAAAUAUUUCCAGCUGAAUAUCUGUAUUCUACACCUGAACAGCUUUUUAAAAGGCUUCAGAAUUUCUGCAAGAAACCAGAUAUUGUAAGGAAACAUCUCUAUAAGGGAGAGCUGGCUCGGUUUUCUUGGGCAGCACUCCGUGGCAAAUUCAGGUCUCUGCUCACAACAGAACCCAAGGAAGAUUUGUGACAGAUGGGGCUAAGUCACAAACUUGCAGCCUAAGGCAGAAUCUGUAGAACUUUCCAGAGUGUGCCCAUAUUUACCUGAUCACAGAGAAAAGAAAAUCUGCAGAGGAAGCUCAGCCUGGCUGCUUGUCAUAGCUGACACAGAGCCAUCUGCCACAAACCUGUGGCGGCUUCAGAUCUCCAAUCCCUGCCACCACCCCGACUCAAAUUAAAUACAGAUUCCGAGAGACGUUACGAUGGUUACACAUGUCCUCGGCAUCACAUGCAGGAGACUGUUAAAAAAAAUGUGGCCUGUUGUAUAACUGCACUCAUGUAUCCCAUAUGUGGUGCCACAUUGAAUUUCCGGUUGAAUCUGUUUUUAUCCUUUGUACUGGAUGACAUGGUGCCUGAAUUCUUUCUUUUUGCCGACGUGAUGGCAGCCAAGAUUGCAGCUUCAAACACUCAAUUCUUGGCUGGCUUUCUACCUAGGUUGCCAGGUUAUCAUUGGAGCCUCAUUGUGUCCUCCAAGGGCCACAGGGUCUGAAAGGAGGACCAGAGUUCUCCUGGACUAAUUGGACAGUCCUCUCUGAAUUGUCUGGAGGUAAAGGGCUGCUUUUGCACUUUUCUUCUCCCCUCCCUCUCCCCCCCUCCUUUUGCAAAUUAAUGACUCUGUGGCACAGGGGUUUUUAAGCGAAGGUAUUAAUAAGGGGUCUGGCAGGUAUUCCCAUGAUUCACAGAACUACAUUUGCAUUUAAUUAAUCUUAAAGAAAGCUGCAAGAUAAACAGCUGUAAUUCAAACUAGCAUGGGAAAUAUGCUACAUGGUGCCAUCUAUCUGAUAAAAUGAAAGCCGAGACACUUGUUUUAUUUCUCUCAAGGUUGAAGAACAAACAGAUAGCCGUCAGAAUGGGCCCAAUGAGGGGGAAAAAAUACAGUUGUUUUAAUGUUCCUGCCUGGUUCAUUUUGUGUUUCGUGGUGGGGGGAGAACUGUGCAUCCAACUUGCAAGCUUUUCAAGAUAAAUUUCUUAUAAAUUGUAAAAGCCAAGCUGCGGUAUUUAUUGACUUGAAAUGUUUUGUAGAUAGUACCGUGCAUUUUUAAAAUAAAUUACUUACUGCAGUU